UUGAAAUGUUCUGAAUAGUUUUAAUCCUCAAAUUUAACAUAAAAAUUGAUAUUUCAUCAUUAAUGGAACUUUAAACGUUCUUUUAAUGUAAAUAUUGUUAUUAGAAUUAAUUUACUUACGAAUACAUAGCCUUUCGAUAUAUUUUUCUUAACAAAAUAAAUAAAAAUUAAUAUAACCUUACUUUUGAUAUAAUUUAAUUUUGAUAUUUCCCUUGUCCUAAUGGACUGAUUGAUGAAUUUACUACAAAAAUUUUAUUGUCAACACGUUAUACUUUUAUUAAUUUCCUGUAAGUGAUUAUGGAUCAAGAAAAUGCAUCAACUACAGUUGAAACUGCCAGUUCUUGUGAUAAAGAAUCAAUUGAUAAUCCUACAGAAUCUACAGGAAUUAAUGAAGAUUCUCCAACCACUAGUAUUCAAAAAAAUACAUCUGAAAUAAAUUUAGAGCAUGAUAAAGUAUUUAGUGAUAAUUCUUCAAAUCAAGAAGAAAAAACCAAUCAAUCCAGUGAAAAAGAAAGUGGUAAUAAAUCUGAAAAAGUCAAUCAAGUAAUAGGUAAUAGUGGCUCAGUUGAACAAGAUAUAGACGUAGGUAUAGAAAUUAUAAACGAAAAUGUUACUGAUGAGAAAAAAGAAACAAAUAAAUCUGAAUUGACAAAUUUAGAGCAUGAAACUAUUAGUACUACUGAAAAAGAAAAAGUUAGUGAACAUAAUGAGAGUGAAAAUGAGAAAUCAGAGAAUAGUCAACCGAAAGAGAAAGAAAAAGAUAAAAGUACAGAAAUAAAUAACGAUAAGAAUACGGAUAAUCUUGACACUGAGCCUCAAAAAGUAAUCGAAGUAGAUAUUGAAAGAACAGAAACAUCAACAGGAAGUGGAGAUAUGAAGGAAACAGACUCUGUAAAAAAUAAAAAAAAUUCGCCCACAGACGUGGAUUCUGAUACGACAGAGAAAGAAGGAACAUCUUCAGAUAAGCAUGAUACAGAGACUGAAAACACAGAGUUUGUUCAUAUAGUACAAGAUAAACAAGAUGAAUCUCAUAUUGAAGGUCAAUCAAUUGAAGCUGAAGAUCCCUUUGGCGGUGACAAUAUUACAGCUGAAGCAAUUGAGACCGAUGAGCUUGAAGUGACGAACAUGAAUUUUUGUAGGGUAGGAAAUGGAGCGGACAAUUUACAAGAUGUUAUUAAUGCUAAUAAUAAAAUAUGCGAAUCAUCAUUGACUGAUAAUGAAGAAACUAGUCAUAAGAACAAUCAAAAUGAAGAUGUAAUUUUGGAACCAUCAAAAACAAAUAUUAAUAAUGAUAAUAAUGAAUUAUCUGCGGAAAAUAAAUCCUGUGAUGACAACAAUCAAGUGACUUCUAAUGAAGAUGCAGAAACUAAUUCAACAGAAAAUUCUAAAACUGAUGGAAAAGAAUUAGAAAGUAGUAAUAAAGAAAAAAAGAAGAAUGAUAGUGACGAUGUAGUUACUGUAACUACAGAAGAGCAAUCGACAGUUUUACCUGGACAGGAUGACGAAUUAUGUAUUAUACCAGAUAGCAUGAAAAUUAUUUUACCGCCACCAACAGGUUCACAAAUAAGUAGAAUUAAAGUUAAAAAUGCUGAUCAAAUUAGUGAAGAUUCAUGUAAAAUUACUGAACUUAAAACGGCUGAAGAGGUAGUAUUAGACAGUAAUUUAAAUACUGCUGAAAAAGAAACAGAUAGUAGUGAUAAAAAUUCAGAUCAGCUUCAAACUGGUACAGCAUUAAUUCCUGUCGCAAUAGAUGAUAAUAUUAUUGAUAUUGACGAUGAAGCAAAAAGCUUAGAAAUUGAAGAAAUAAGAGCUAUAGAAAUUUGUAAACAAUGUAAAAAAGCAACUCAAUGUAACAUAAAAGUUAAAGUAGGUGCUGAAACUUAUAGUGUAUGUAGUAAUUCAUGUAAAAAAUCAUUUACAACAGAAAAUAAUAAAGCUACAGAUAUUCCAAGUGAUGGAGCUAAUUCAAAAUUUGAAAAACGUUGUGCUGGUUGUCUUUUGAUUGUAGAACCAAAUGACGAUCGUAAUUUAUCAUGGGAGACAAUGGAAUUUUGUAAUGAGGAAUGUCUAGGUAAAUUUCAAACCAAGUACGGCAGCUAUUGUAAAAAUUGUAAUGGUAACGUAACAGCUAUUAGUUUAGGAAAAUAUUGUGUGAGAUUUGGAUAUGAUGUUAGACAGUUUUGUUGCUCUUCAUGUUUAGAAGAAUUCAAAAAAGGACUUAAAGUUUGCAGUUACUGUCAAAAAGACAUUAGUUCAGGUACUGAUGGCUUUUUAGCUCCAGUAGGAGAAAAAGGACAAUUUAAAGACUUUUGUACUCAAUUUUGUAUGGAAAAAUAUUCAAAAAUGAAUUCAACUGAACCACCGAUUCCUGAAAAGAAAGCAUGUAGUGUUUGUCAAGAAGAAAAAAUUGUUCAUUGUGAAGUCCAAAUUGAACGUGCAGCGGCAGUUGCUAUUUGUAGUGAACCGUGUUUUGCAGCUUUCAAAUUUGUUAAUAAAGUUGAUCCUGAUCAAUGUUCCACUUGUAAAAAAUACUUUGAUAAAAUCAACAAAAAAAGCACUGUUGUAUUUUACAAUAAUGAAGCCCAUACUUUUUGUGGCAAAACUUGUUUAAACAUUUUUAUAAUUACACACAGAAAAAUAGUUCCCUGUAAUUGGUGUAAGGUAAAAAAAUAUAAUUUUGAUAUGAUUAAAAAAGAACUAAAAAAUGGUACAGUAAUAAUGAUGUGUAGUUUAAAUUGUCUAACAUUGUAUCAAGUAUCAAUGAAUGCAGUAUCAGCAAGACGGAUAAAUUGUAACUUCUGUAAAGAAUAUUCUCAAGCACAGUAUCAUUUAACAAUGUCUGAUGCCACAAUAAGAAAUUUCUGUAGCUAUGAUUGCGUCAUGAAAUUUCAGGGUCAAUAUGCAAAAGCUCCAAUUACGAUUCCUGCUGGAGAUGAUGCUGCGCCAGUACCAACAGGGACACCGAAGCGAACGUAUCCGGGAAAAAUCCAAGCUUAUUCAGUUAAAAAAACAGUAGAUGUACAGAACCUGCCAAUAGCAAAUAUUCAAAAUAAAAAAACUUUACCUGUGAUAUCGUCAGUAGCAAGUCUAGCAUCGAAUGGACAAACUGUUUCAAUUACUCAGAAACCAACAUCUACCGUUACGGUAGCAGUGAAUAAUGCAAGUAUUACAAAUUCUACACCAACACAAACACAACAAGUCAUUUACAAACAACAAGUGAUAACAAGACCUCCAAGCCCUGUGAAAGUAUGCAAUAAAGUAACUCAAUGUAAGCCGAUAAUGCACACUAAAGGUGUAUCUGCCAAGCCUCAUCCUUGUACUAAAUCAACACAGACAGACGAUAUUCCAUCUAAAAUAGCAAUUCCAAUUCCAGUACCUAUUUAUGUUCCGUUUCCUGUUCAUAUGUGGAGUUUUCCUUUUCCAGUACCUGUGCCUGUUCCUCUACCUAUUCCAGUACCUAUUUUUAUUCCAACUACUCGAAAUAGUGCUAAAGGUAUCUUUAAGGAGAUCAAAAGAAUACAGGAAAAAAUGCCAGCUGAUCCUUUUGAAGCAGAGCUGCUGAUGAUGGCUGAGAUGGUUGCUACUGAAAAGAAAAAGACCGAAAGUGAUUCAGAUUCAGAAGAAGAAGCUGAAGCUGAAACUACUACUGAACCUGCUGCUGAUUCUAAUAAUACUUUCGGUGAAGAUAUGUUACAAAUAGCAUUAAAAAUGGCAACAGGAGAAAUAGAAGAAUCAGCAGUUGACUUAGAAGUUGCGUUAACACCCAAUACAAUUACUGCAUCCCAGAAUCCAGCUGCUCAAUCUGAAGCAACAGAUUCUGAUACUCCUAAUACACCGUCUACUAAAGGAAGAAAGCGAACUGUUUCCUAUAAAUCAAGAAGUGGACCAACAAAAAAAGGACGAAGAGCUAGUGCUAAUAAUGAACCAUGUUUACCAUCACCUUCUGAAUCUCAAACACCACCAGCUCAGCCACCAAUUAUCGAACCUAUCGAAAAACCAGAUGCUAAUAUGGCUCUUAAAUAUACGUUUGGAGUAAAUGCUUGGAGAAAAUGGGUUGUUGCAAAAAAUACUGAAUUAGAAAAACAAAAUGCUGCUGGUAAAAAAGUCAAACUGUUCAAAUCUGAUUUAUUACAACUAACAGCUGAUGAACUUAAUUAUUCCCUCUGUCUUUUUGUAAAAGAAGUACGUAAACCGAAUGGAUCGGAAUAUGCACCUGAUACGAUUUAUUAUUUAUGUUUAGGAAUUCAACAAUAUCUUUUUGAAAAUAAUAGGAUAGAUAAUAUAUUUACUGAUACGUACUAUGAACAAUUUACAGAUUGUUUAAAUGAUAUUGCAAAAAAAUUUUCAGUCUUGUACAAUGAUGCCCAAUAUAUUGUUACACGAGUGGAAGAGGAACAUCUGUGGGAAUGCAAACAAUUAGGUGCACAUUCUCCUCAUGUAUUACUGAGUACUUUGAUGUUCUUCAACACCAAGCAUUUUAAUUUAACGACAGUGGAAGAGCAUAUGCAAUUAUCAUUUUCCCAUAUAAUGAAACACUGGAAAAGAAAUCCAGCUACACAAACUACUGGAGCCACUGGGAAAACUCCUGGUUCAAGAAACGUACUUUUACGAUUUUAUCCACCUCAGGCUGCAUUAGAUGCAAACUCGAAGAAAAAAAAAGUAUACGAACAACAAGAAAAUGAAGAAAAUCCUUUGAGAUGUCCUGUAAAACUUUAUGAAUUUUAUUUAUCAAAAUGUCCAGAGAGUGUAAAAACACGAAAUGAUGUGUUUUACCUUUUGCCUGAAAGAAGUUGUGUACCAGAUAGUCCUGUAUGGUAUUCAACUUCACCUCUCGGUAAGGAACAUCUCAUAAAAAUGUUGAAUCGUGUUAAGAUGGUUAAAGAGAUCAACAUUGCUUUAUUGUCUACCUAGACUUUUUUUUAUGACUUAUUAAUUAAUAAACUAUAUAACAUAUAGAUUUGAAAUGAUAAAGUGGGACGUUUAAUAUAAUAGUAUUAAAAUUAUGAUUAUGAUUUUUUAUAAAAUAAAAACAAAGUGAA